CAGGCUCUGCAGACCAAGCAAGUAGAGCUCGCUUCUUCUGCUGCCUCGGGGCUGCACCACCUGCCCUCUCCCUUCCCAUCCCUCCGCCCAUCUUACUCCCCUCCCCCGCCCCCGACCCUGCGCACCCAGGCGCCUGGACUGGCGUAAAUUUCCGCCUACUUGCGCCGCCGCCCGGGGGGCUGCUUCGUGACGUCAGGCCAAGCGAGGGGGUGCCGCCUCCUGGCUGCCCGCUCCUCCCGGCCCCGCGGCCCCCGCCUGCCCUUUAAAAGAGCGGAGCCUGCGCCUGCCGCGCCGCACCGCGGGGACCAGGACGCACGGCUGCUUUCCCGGAGUACCUCCAUCUCGCCUGCCCUAGGCCCCUGGCCUCCUGGAUCCAGCCGCAUCCUCUUUCCGCCCAGGUUGAGGCGAGCGGGACAAUGCUGCGUGCCGUGCUUCUCAGCCUCCUGGGAGCCGCGGUGCUGGCCGCUGUCAGUGCUGUGCCAGUGGAUAACAGAAACCACAAUGAAGAGAUGGUUACUCGCUGCAUCAUCGAGGUUCUCUCAAGUGCUCUGUCCAAGACCAGUGCUCCACCCAUCACCCCUGAGUGCCGACAGGUCCUGAAGAAGAGUGGGAAAGAGGCCAAAGAUGAAGAGAAGAGUGACAAUGAAAACACCAAGUUCGAAGUCAGAUUGUUAAGAGACCCAGUUGAUGUCUCGGAAGCCCACAGGCCCUCGAGUAGAGAGGAAGCAGGAGCCCCAGGGGAGGAGGACGCCCAGGGCCCAGCAAAGGCAGACACAGAGAAAUGGACAGAGGGAGGCGGGCACAGCCGAGAGAGCACAGCCGAGCCUCGGGGCAGCCCCCACCCCUCCGACAGUCACCUCUCCAGAGAAGCCAAGAUGAGUGAAGAAGAAGAGGGAGCGAAUGAUGAGAAGGAGGGGCGUGGGGAAGAUGCCAGUGAAGGGAAACACCCGGAAGAACCAGGAGAGACACAAAACGUCUUUCUCAACAAAAGAAACCAGGCAUUGGCUAAGAAAAAAGAGGCAUUAGCGGCCAGGUGGGACACACACUCUGCUGGACCCUCUGAGGAGAAGACACACAGCAGGGAGGGCAGCCAGGAGAGUGGAGAGGAGACAAGGAGCCAGGAGAAACACCCCCAAGAGCCAAAGAGCCAAUCCCAGAGCCAGGAAGAGUCGGAGGAAAGCGAGGAAGACGCUACCUUGGAGGUGGCCAAACGACGCAUGAGGCCCAGACACCACCACGGGAGGAGCAGGCCUGACAGGUCUCAGGAUGGGAAUCUGCCCUCCAGGGAGGGCGAACAAGCCCCUGAAAGAUCUGAGGAGGCUCACGUGGGCAUGGCCAGUGUGGGGGAAAAGAGGGACCACCACUCAGCUCACUUCAGGGCUUCGGAGGAACAGCCAGACUAUGGGGAAGAAGUGAGGAGUUAUCCAGGUGUCCCGGCUUCUGACGCUGUGGAGGGGGAACAGCACAGGGGCAGAGGGAGUGAGGAGUACAGGGCCCCAAGGCCUCAGAGUGUGGCGAGCCGGGAGGAGGACAAGAGAGGCCACCCCAGCUUGGAGCACAGAUACAGUGAGGAAGCGAGGGGCGGUGAGCAGGGGAAGGGGCCGCAUCACAGAAGCAAGGGAGGCCAGCUGGCUGCCUCUUCUAACGCCAGGGAAGAGGAAGGGUUCUUGGGGGAAGGGCACCACCGUGUUCAGGAGAGCCAGAUGGAUGAGGCAAGGAGACCAUCACAAGGGGACUGGAAAGAGCAGGACAGAGAUUACCCCAACUAUGGAGAGGAAGGAGCCCGUGGGAGGUGGCAGCAGCCAGAGGACCUGCAAGACCCUAAAGCAAACAGGGAAGAAGUGAUGCUUCGAGACAAAUACGGCCCCUACCCCAGCACGCAAAAGAAGAAGAGGUUAGGGGGGCUGUUCAACCCCUACUUUGACCCUCUCCAGUGGAAGAACAGCCGCUUUGAGAAAAAAGACAGCAUGGAUGACAACUUUCUUGAAGGUGAAGAGGAAAAUGGGGUGACCUUGAACGAGAAGAAUUUCUUCCCAGAAUACAGCUAUGACUGGUGGGAGAGGAAGCCCUUCUCUGAGGACGUGAACUGGGGCUAUGAUAAGAGAAGCUUCGCGAGGGCCCCCAGACUGGAUCUGAAGAGGCAUCAUGACAGGGUGGCCCAGCUGGACCAGCUGCUUCACUACAGGAAGAAGUCGGCAGAGUUUCCCGACUUCUACGAUUCCGAGGAGCAGAUGAGCCCACGCCACGAGGUGGCAAGUGAAAGGGACGGGGAUGAGCAGAGGGCUCUGACGGAGGAGGAGGAAAAAGAACUUGAAAAUUUGGCUGCGAUGGAUUUGGAACUACAGAAAAUAGCUGAAACAUUCAGCCAAAGGGGCUGAUGGUCAGAGCAAUGGGCGACUUCAAGACGCAGACCUCAUGUGAUCUAUUUUCCAGCACAUCACUGGAAGACACCACUUAUUUACCCAAAGGCAGAAAGUAGAAUUUACUAGUCAUUAAGUGUUUGACACAAUUGCAAAUAUCUUCAAUGUUUGCCAGGAUGCUACUGAAGAUAUGAAUAGCAUGACUUGUAGCAUAUUCUUUCUUGCAAAAUAGACUAUUAACCUGCUUGUGACAAUGACUGUGUCUUUGACAAAAACAUCUGUCUCACUUUGAACUAAUAAAAGACUCACCUGAGACCAAAA